AUGUAUUGGACCAACGGAUUCGUUUUUGUAACAUGUAUAUUGGCAGUGCAGCCACAAACAUGGGUUGGAACCUAUGCAGUUGGAUCAACAUGCAAUGUCAACCAAUGUUGCUGUGUCAGUGAUGUAAUAGAAAUAACAGAAUCCACAUCAACUACAUUAUCAGUUACUACAGGCUUUGCUGGUUUAUGUUUCGGACUAGCCAAUUAUACUGGUGGCAUAGUUUAUACAGGUGGAUAUUCAAUUACACUGACAAUCAGUACCAUUACAUUAUCUAUUACAUUAAGUGCCGAUAGUAACAAUAUCACUAUUAUUAAUUCGAUGGGCACGUCAUGUACAACAGGAGCUGUUCGAGAAAUCACCAAUGUUCCCACGACUAUAGGUAGCUCUUUCAUUCCACCAGUCACAUCAAGUUUCACAAGUAUGGGAAGUACUGCUGUUCGACAAAGCACAAUGGGCCCCACGGCUGUAGGUAGCCCUUUGAUUCCAUCAACCACCUCAGGUUUCACAAGUAUGGGAAGUACUGCUGUUCGACAAAGCACAAUGGAGCCAACGACUAUCAUUAGCACUGUAGUUCCAAAUGCAACCUCAGGUUAUACAAGUAUGGGAAGUACUGCUGUUCGACAAAGCACAAAUGGUCCGACAACUGCACGUAGCUCUUCUAUUCCAACCACCACCAUGAUGAAUACCACAACAACUGUUGUGUUAAAUACAACUACUUCAAGCACUAUUAUAGGAAGCACAACAGUUCAUAGCAGCACUGCUCGACAAUCUACUACUGCUACUACUUUAGUGUUGUAUUUUGUCAGUAUUUUGUUCUGUGUCAUAAUUGCUUGA